GUACGACCCGGAAGCCGGCCGCGCCUGACGGCAGUUUUCCGGUGGUGGGAAAGUGAACGGAGCCCGAGUCGGGGCGGCGCAUCCUGAGGCAGGCGGGUUCCCCGCGGAAGAGGGAAGGCAGGCGGCGGGGGAGGGCCUGGCUUGGGCAGCCGGCGGAGGAGCAGCUGCAGAAGCAGGCAGCGCAGAGAGGGGAUGGUGCCCGGCGGCGCCGAGAAGGAGGCGCAGUCCGUCCCGCAGGGUUAGUGAACGAGGCUGUCCGCCCGGGCCGGCCGGGGACUGUGCGGUGCGGGUCCCAGCAUGAGUUCGGGCCCCGCCUGUGAGCCCCGCAUCAAGCGACCCCGGUGGGGCGCCUCUGAAACUUCUCCGCCGGCCGCCUCCGACGCCCGGAGCUUCCCCGGCGGGCAGAGGCGCGUCCUCGAUCCCAAGGACGCUGCUGUGCGGUGCAGGGUCCCACCCUCCUCGCCAGGCGGCGUCCCGGGGUGGGCGGGACCGCACAGAGGCAGCACCACCUCGCUUGUUUUCAAACAAAAGACUAUUACCAGUUGGAUGGACACUAAAGGAAUCAAGACAACUGAAUCAGAAAGUUUGCAUAGUAAAGAAAACAACAAUACAAGAAUAGAAUCCAUGAUGAGUUCUGUACAAAAAGAUAACUUUUAUCAACAUAACAUGGAAAAAUUAGAAAAUGUUUCUCAGCGAAGUAUUGAUAAAUCACCAGUUGAAAAAAGUACACAGUAUUUGAACCAGCAGCAGACUGCAGCUAUGUGUAAGUGGCAAAAUGAAGGAAAACACACUGAGCAACUUUUGGAAGGUGAACCUCCAACAGGAACUCUGGUAUCAGAACAGUUCAGCAAUGCUAACGUUGAUCAGUCACCUCAAAAUGAUGAUUACAGUGACACGUAUGGUGAGGAAAGUAGAGAUAAUCAACAGUUUUUUAUACCUGUAAAGCUUGCAAAUGCAAAGCAGACUACAGAAGGUGAACAGGCCAGAGAAGCCAGAAGCCACCAGAAGUGCAGAAAGUCUUGCCACCUUGUGGAAGACUGUGCAGAUUGUCAACAGGAAGAGAUAGAUGUAGUGCCUGAGAGUCCCCUGUCAGACAUUGGCUCAGAGGAUGUCAAUACUGGACUGAAAAAUGCCAACAAAUUGAGUAGGCAGGAAAGUAGCCUAGGAAAUUCUCCUCCAUUUGAGAAAGAAAGUGAACUCGAGUCACCAAUGGAUGUAGAUAAUUCCAAAAAUAGUUGUCAGGACUCAGAAGCAGAUGAAGAAACGAGUCCAGGAUUUGAUGAACAAGAAGAUAGCAGUUCCACCCAAAGAGCAAAUAAACCUUCAAAGUUCCAAGCCAAAGAAGCUGACACUGGAUUGAGGAAACAGUCAUCUGCUAAGGGAGGUGAAAUUCGAUUACAUUUCCAGUUUGAACGAGAAAGUUGUGCUGGAAUGAAUGAUUUAAGUGCCAGACUGCCUGGAAGUACUUCUAGCCUGAAUGUAGAAUGCAGAAAUUCCAAGCAACAUGGGAAAAAGGGUUCUAAAAUCACAGAUCAUUUCGUGAGAAUGCCUAAAGCAGAGGACAAAAGAAAAGAACAAUGUGAAAUCAAACAUCAAAGGACAGACAGGAGGAUCCCUAAAUACGUUCCACCUCACCUUUCUCCAGAUAAGAAAUGGCUUGGAACUCCCAUUGAGGAGAUGAGAAGAAUGCCUAAGUGUGGGACCCAACUGCCUCUCUUGAGACCAUCUGCCAAUCACACAGUAACUGUUCGGGUAGAUCUUUUACGGGCAGGAGAAGUUCCUAAACCUUUUCCAACACAUUUUAAAGAUUUGUGGGACAAUAAGCAUGUAAAGAUGCCUUGUUCAGAACAAAACUUGUACCCUGUGGAAGAUGAGAAUGGUGAGCGAACUGCAGGGAGCAGGUGGGAGCUCAUUCAGACUGCACUUCUCAACAAGUUCACAAGACCCCAAAACCUGAAGGAUGCUAUUCUGAAAUACAAUGUGGCAUAUUCUAAGAAAUGGGACUUUACAGCUUUGGUUGAUUUCUGGGAUAAGGUACUUGAAGAAGCAGAAGCCCAACAUUUAUAUCAGUCCAUUUUGCCCGAUAUGGUGAAAAUUGCACUCUGUCUGCCAAAUAUUUGCACCCAGCCAAUACCACUCCUGAAACAGAAGAUGAAUCAUUCCAUCACAAUGUCUCAGGAACAGAUUGCCAGUCUUUUAGCUAAUGCGUUCUUCUGCACAUUUCCACGUCGAAAUGCGAAGAUGAAAUCGGAGUAUUCCAGCUACCCAGACAUUAACUUCAAUCGGUUGUUUGAAGGACGUUCCUCAAGAAAACCAGAGAAGCUUAAAACGCUCUUCUGCUACUUCAGAAGAGUCACAGAGAAAAAACCUACUGGGUUGGUGACAUUUACAAGACAGAGUCUUGAAGAUUUUCCAGAGUGGGAAAGGUGUGAAAAACCCCUGACUCGACUGCAUGUCACUUACGAAGGUACCAUAGAAGGAAAUGGUCAAGGCAUGCUACAGGUGGAUUUUGCAAACCGUUUUGUUGGAGGUGGUGUAACCAGUGCUGGACUUGUGCAAGAAGAAAUUCGCUUUUUAAUCAACCCCGAGUUGAUUGUUUCACGGCUCUUUACUGAGGUGCUGGAUCACAAUGAAUGUCUUAUCAUCACAGGUACUGAACAGUACAGUGAAUACACAGGCUAUGCUGAAACUUAUCGUUGGGCCCGGAGCCAUGAAGAUGGGAAUGAAAGGGACGACUGGCAGCGGCGCAGCACUGAAAUUGUCGCCAUCGAUGCCCUUCACUUCAGACGCUACCUCGACCAGUUUGUGCCUGAGAAAAUCAGACGUGAGCUUAACAAGGCUUACUGUGGAUUUCUCCGUCCUGGGAUUUCUUCAGAGAAUCUUUCUGCAGUGGCCACGGGAAACUGGGGCUGUGGUGCCUUUGGGGGUGAUGCGAGAUUAAAAGCCUUAAUACAGAUACUGGCAGCUGCGGUAGCUGAGCGGGAUGUGGUUUAUUUCACCUUUGGGGACUCGGAAUUGAUGAGAGACAUUUACAGCAUGCACACUUUUCUUACCGAAAGGAAACUGACUGUUGGAGAAGUAUAUAAGCUAUUGCUACGCUAUUACAAUGAAGAAUGUAGAAACUGUUCCACCCCCGGACCAGACAUGAAGCUUUACCCAUUCAUAUACCAGGCCUUUGAGUCCUGUGCGGAGACCACCAACCAGCCAGGACAAAGGACUGGGGCCUGAGGAGCGGAGUGACUAGAACCGCCUUCCACCUCCUCGCAGAAACAGCCUGUGUGAAUUGUCAGGUGUAACAUAUGAACUGACUUAAUAGAAUGUGUGUAUAAUCCACACUUGUGUGCGAGGAUGCCAUCCCUUCUCCGCGUAUGCAGUUGUCAGUUUGUACAUCCAAGUCCCCUCCAUCUGGACUUGUGUAAACUUAGAUAUAUAUUUUUUUCACUUUUCCUGUUUCAAUCUCCACUCUGAUUGUUCUUCCUUUUGCCCGUCAGAUUUCUUGGGAAGUCCCAUGAAAGGGUGGGCUCAUCUCAUCAGGUCUCUUUUUUGAUGCCUGUGUAUUAUACCAAUGGCCUCUGUACCACAGACCCAGCAGCGCCAGGGAAGAAGUUGCAGUCCACGAGUCUCUUCAGCUGGGUCUGCUAAAGCUCUCUCCAGAGGCCUCUCAUCCCAGCUCUUGUUAAGAUUACAUUGUCUGAGAUUUUGACUUUAGAAAACUAAGAGCUGGGCUUUUUUCAUUCAUGUUAUAUAAUUCAAAUCUCCUAAGUUAAUACAGUUUUGUAUUUAAGACAGAAUAAUUUCCAGAAAUACCUAUUUUGAGACAUCAUCUUUAUCUGUUAUAGUUUUUCUGUCCUUUUUUCCCUCAUCAAUUUUUAUUGAUAAUGGUUAUAGAAACUGACCAAGAUGGAAAAAAAGGUAGAAUAAGAGAGAAUUUCCCCAAAUGAUGCUUUAAAAAACUAGAUUCAAGAGAGUUGAAGGAUUUUUUGUUUCUUAGGAUUUUUUUUUCUUUUUAAAUUAGGAUUAUUGUUUGUUCCUUGGUGCUUAAGGCAUCAUCAUACAACCAAAGUUUAUGAACUGGGAACUUAGUGCUGAUUUGUUCAUAUUGAAGUUUCUCUGGUAUUCAAGGUUAUAUGGUUAAUAAAUUUUCAUUAACAAUCAUUUGUCAGAAACUCUCAUUAUCUAUAUUUAUAUGUAAUAUAAAUAUAUCUUCUCUAAGUAUGUCUGUGCAACCACAUAAAGUCUAAAUAAAACUGGAGUUGUGGAAAAGGAUUCCGUUUAAGCUUUA